GAUCGUCGGCAUGGCCAAGUUUGGACGAGUGCCUCUGUCGUAAUAAGUGGUUAGUUUCUUAAUUCCUCCGCUUUCGUUACUAAUAAAAAUAAAACGCACCUGCCGUGAGCGCCUAACACCUGCUUCGACGAUUACGCAUUGUGCUGCUCGCAUUCAAGCUAGUUCGCCCUUUCGGUAUCUGCUGCCGCUGAUGUGAAGGGUCCGUUCAGCCAGCGCUGGUUCAGCACGCAUAAGAACGGAGGAUUUUUUUCCCGGUAACAUCGGUACGUUGGCUCAAGCCUGACUAAUAUGCCCCGGAUUGAGAAGUCCUUGUAAUAUAUGAAUAACAAUAAUAAUAACAGGAACUACGAUAGCAGGGGUAGACACAUCGUGCUAUUGCUGAUACGUGAGCCAUGGCCCUGUUAUCUGCGCAACUGUCAUUCUUUCUGAGGGUCCUACAAGCAGAAUUCGAUCUAAAAACGACCUCACUUACUGGCAGCUAUCUACCACGCCCGAAUAACCUAUCCUAUAUAUGUUUUAAGGGUUCCAGGUAUCGCUAAAGCUUGCCUAAAAGAAGUUUGAGAUUCGAUCUGAGUUCUGUGCUUCGUUUUUUUGCCCGAAUCGUUCGCGAGCGUGUAUUUCGUUCUGCCUUUGCAGGUGCCAUGGACCAGUUUGCUAAGGUGCUUGGCGAGGGUACUCAGCGGAAUCGGCAUGCGAAAAGUUCGAGCACUUCCAGCAUCUUUGCGUCCAGCACGCUCCAGCCCGAGGAACGGGGGUCCUCGAGCCCCUCGGUGGCGGCGGCGGCCUCCGGCGAGUCGGGCUCGUCCCCGUUGUCCCGCCAGCACCAGCACAGCCGGAGCGGUUCGGGCGCCAGCUCUGCGAGCGGCAUGGCCCCGGGCGGCGGGGGCGCCGGGGCGGCGACCGCAACGCAGUCCGCGACCAGCCUCGCGAGCAGCGCCAGCAGUGGCAGCGCCGCGGGGGACGGCGGAAGGUCGGCAGUGGCGACUUCUGGCCCUGGUGUAGUCCAGAGGGAGGACAUCCUGGUGUUGACCCACGACGUGCGGGCGUUCAAGGAGGCCCUCGGCAGGCUGCGCAAGGUCUUCGGAGCCGAGGGGCAAGAUAAGCAGCGCCGGGAGACACGGCUGGUUGCCGCCCACGAACGCCUGGGCCAGGUUCUGCGGAUUCUGCGCUCCAUCCUGGAGAAGUACCCACCGAUCCAGUCGACAGAGUUGCUUGUGGCCGCUGGCACCCUCAUCCAGCACGUCAAAGGGCAUGACUACAGUGAGGAUAAGGCAAGCCAGAGCGAGUCUUUCUUCGAGGCGGUGGACCAGCUGGCUCUGGCAUUUAGCAGCAGGGUGUCUGAGUAUCUGAUGGGUGAUCUGGACUUGGGCACGAGCGCUAUGGGCAAGACCAGGAGCUGCGAGAACCUUCUGUCUCCGGACAGGACGACGGGGCACACAUACUCAUCUUCAGCACUCACGGGGCAGGAAGUGGACGCCAAGCUCAUGAGGCUCAGUGAAGGGGUGGAGUUCUCCUUGAGGCGAGCCAAGAUCUGGUCAAAGUAUGCCAAGGACGUCAUGACGUACGUGGAGAAGCGCGCAAACCUGGAGGCAGACCAUGCCAGGAACCUUCUCAAGCUGGCCCAGACAAUGCGACCGAUCCUAAAAGAAGAGAGCUUCCUGCCGUUUCAAUCAAUCUACUGCACCGCCAUCGACCAAGACCUGGACAACUCCAGCAACUGCCUUUCCAACUGCACUCUGCUUCAUGAUCACAAGUUCAUUGAACCACUGACGGCCCGGAGAAACGAGCACGAAAAGGCACGCAAACAAUUGAAAGAGAUCUGGCACAGAGAGCUGAAGAGAAUGCAAGAGCUGGAGACAAACGUGCGCAAGGCCCGUGCCCUGUACGUGCAGCGUCAGCAGGACCACGAGAAGGCCAAGGAGUCUGCGCACCGGGCGGCCGAGGCGCAGGAGGGUGGGGACGGUGGGAGCAGCCGCUGCGAACGGAAGCGGCGCCUGGAAGACGACGCGCUCCAGAAGGCCCGUGAGGCUGAGACUACCUACAAGGCCUGUGUCGUGGAGGCCAACGAAAGGCUGCUGUCGCUCGAGAGGACAAAGAUGGAGGUGCUUCAGCAGGUGCGAGAGCUCAUGUGCCAGUGUGACCAGACGAUGAAGGCGGUGACGGUUGCCUACUUCCAGCUGCAGCAUACUGUGUCCGCACCAGCUCCCGUUCAGUUCCAAACGCUCUGCGAAAGCAGUCGGAUGUACGAGCCAGGGUCGCAGUACAUGGAGUUUGUGAGGCGGAUUCCGUUGGGGCGGCCCACGGAACCGCAGCUGCUCACCUUUGAGCCGUACACCACUGACACCAGGACGGAGUCUCGAAGAAUCCAUGAAGCGGUCGUAGCGAAUGACGAGCCUCUGGAUGGCGCCGCCUUGGAUGCCAGGCUUGGUUUGGAAGCCGGUGCCGGAGCCAAGGCAGCAGGCAGGACUUGGGGCACGUGCCCGGGUAGCGAUUCGGACAGCGUGGGCAGCUGCCACAGCAACAAGUCUCCCGACACGAGCCCCGCCGCAAGCCCCCAGGCCCCCGCCAGGACCCUGCUGACCGUCUCGUCCGGGGACGAACUGGACACAGACCACGACAACGACAGCGGCUUGGGCCUGUGCCGUCGGAUGUGCCUGUCCCGGGCGGCGGAGACACACUCGUUCCGCAAGUUGCGCACUCCCUCCCGCUGCCGGGAAUGUGACUCCUACGUCUACUUCCAAGGGGUGGAGUGCUCGGAGUGUGGCCUGUCCUCACACAAGAAGUGUCUGGAGACGCUGGCCAUUCGAUGCGGUCACAAGCGGCUGCCGCGAAAGAUGACCACCUUUGGGGUGGAUCUGACCGACCACACGGACGAGGCUGACGCCGACAUCCCUUACAUCGUUCGCAAAUGCGUGGAGGAAAUCGAUCGGCGGGGGUACGACGUCAAGGGGCUGUACCGGGUGUCCGGGGUCAAGUCGAAGGUGGAGAAGCUGUGCCAGUGCUUUGAGAACGGCGCCCAGCUGGUGGACCUGAGCGACGCCCACCCCAACGUGGUGGCCAACGUGCUCAAGCUCUACCUCCGCCAGCUGCCCGAGCCCCUGCUCACCUUCAGGCUGUACCCACACUUCGUCGGCGUGGCCAGGGAACACCCGGCGGGGAGUCACGCGGAGGGAGCUGUUCCCGAGGAAGAUCAGGCCAACGACGCUCCCCCGGAGGAAGUGGUCGGUGGCCAAGAAGCAGUGCCAGACUUGCGCCGUCUGGUCGAGCAGCUUCCCUCUGUGCACCGGCGCACUUUGGCGCUCCUCCUGCGCCACCUGGCGCGGGUGGCGCAGCAUGCGCGCAAGAACUGCAUGCCGGCCAGCAACCUCGCCAUCAUGUUUGGACCCACACUGCUUCGCACCAGAGAAGGCAGUGCCUCGCUGAGCUCACUGGUGGACACGGUGCACCAGACCAGGGCCAUCGAGCUGCUCAUCACGUACGUCGACCGGAUAUUCGAGGACCCCGACGCCAACGAGCAGUACACCGUUCUGGAGGCCAUCACGAGGCCUCCGCCACAAGAGGACUCCCCGGAAGUUGCUGAGGAGGAUCCCAAUCCACCGCUGAGUCGAGCGGCUUCGGCGACAAGUCAGGCAAGCGACGAAGGGCAGCAUGGGGCCGACCUUGAGAGCCAUACCUGUGGAACACUUGGUGAUUGGCCCACAGCCGAAGGCGGUUCCGAGGAUGGCGAAUCGGAUGCAAGCGACGACGGUCGUGCCAGCGUCUCUCCCCUGGCGCCGACGCAAGAUCGCCGCAGCCCCGACGACGCUCACGAGGAAGACCCUUCGGGCGAGGACCCCGCCGGAGACUGCCCUCCCGUUCCGCCCCCUCGCCGGGCAGCCGGCACGAGCUCGCUCCGGAGCAAGCGCCUCGAGAACCAGGCUCGCGGUGGGCAAGGCGGCGGGCAAGGCGGCGGGCAAGAUGGCGGCGUCACGUGGUCGGCCAUCUCCAAACUUGCAAGUCAUAAGAGGCAGCACCAGCAGAACCAGCAUCAGCGGCUGUCGAGGCCCACCAACGUGGCGGAGCUGCGGCGGCAGUUCUUUGAGGCCCCCUGGGGCAGUGCCAGCCUGGAGGAGUUCUCGGCCGGCAGCCUGCCCCACUCGCCGGCCAUGCAGCGCCUCCUCUCUUCCACGCGUACCUCGAGCGAGCCUCACCUGGCGGCGCACCAGGACGCACCUUCCUCGGGGCCCUCGUCGCUCCAGGACAGAGACUCCAAGGAGUCCUCGGGGACUUUUGGAAGGCCAAACUUUCGGGAGAGUGGCCCUCAUCGAGUCUGGCCUCACGGGCCAGGAGACGCCGCUCCAAGAAGGACGCACACCCCUCUGCGCGAAAGUGUCUCUCUCAAGCACCACUGGUACAGUACAGACGAAGCGAGCAGCGAACAGGAAACCACGACAUGCUCAUCUUCCUGGGGCUUGACAAGGACACAGCUGCCCUCGGCCUCCGACCGGAGUGGAGCUCAAUGCCCGUCACCAUCAAUGGGACGAGCACCGCGUUUCGUAUAGACGUCCACAGCUCCAAGCAGACGGACAUCAUCUGUGCUCACAGCCUCAAGCAGAUGGAUGUUAUCUGUGCUCACAGCCCUGAGCAGAUGGACGUCGUCUGCUACCAAACAUAUUUAGUCUGCUAACAGUCAGAUGUCGUCUGCUAACAGAGGGAUGUUGUCUGCUAACAGAGGGAUGUUGUCUGCUAACAGACGAACGAACGUCGUCUGCUAGCAGUCUGACGUCGUCUGCCAAAAGUCGGACCUUGUCUUCUAGCAAACGGACGUCGCCUGCUAACAAACAAACAUUGUCUGCUAACAGACGUGCACACAGCUCUCUCUGUUUCCCGUUUCUGGGACUUUGUGGGCAGCUUUAAAAAGCCCCUUUUUUCAGGAGACAUAGCCUCCCGCCACUUUGAGACGCUGCCAUUGGCGAUUUGCGUCGCUUUUGUCGUUGAGGUGGGAGGCGGGUUUGGGGGGGUUAUGGAGCCUAGUGCUCCAGAAGGGCAUUUGAUUUUGAAGAAAAGGUUUGCUACAUUUGAGGCAGCACCCAAAUGUUUGUUUUUAUGUUUGUGGUUUUUAUUUGUUACGGUGUUCCUCAGUCGCUAACUUUGACGUCAAGUCUGCACUUUCGAUGGUUCCCCCGAUCACUCGUGGGCCUUUAUUUAACAUGUUUGAUGAGCGCUCCUUCCUUCCUCAGUCACCUUUGGUGUUCCCUUUUGCAAAGGGUUACUAUUUUAUCGCAGCGUUCCGCAAGGAACUCGGCGUGAAGCUCGUUGGGCAAAUACAUUUACGGCGUCAUUUUUGUUUGUUAAUCUCUACGGCAACAUAUCCGGCCGUCGCACGCACAGGGUCUCUUUGCUAUAUCCUCACCGCUUUGACGUUAGUUCAGGUCGAGUGGCACACAGUCAGUUCAAACGUCCUUUCCGGGAAGGAGCAUGCCCUUUUCUCGCACGUGCCUCAAGGCUGUAACCUCGCAGGUUAAGAAUAGCAGGACAAAGCUCUCUGCUCACCCUGAUUGGUGGUUUCCUUCUCUCUAGCAUUCACUAUGCUAAUAUGGAAAGAGCGGAGGGCUUUGUGGGGGGGGGGGGGGGGGAGAAGUCUGUCCUGCCUUUCUUAACCUGCAACAGGCUGUAGGGACCUCAAUCCCAGAGGCUCACAAAUGCACCUGAAAUGUUUCCUGCCCUCACCUGGCCACAGUGCCUUCGUCGAGCCGACCCGACCGGACGGGUGGCUUGAAGCCAAGAUAGUCAGACCGUUACAUGUGGCCAAAGGCCUUUGAACUAUUGGUUGGUCAAAUUCGGCUGGCCACACCUUUGCCUGGCGAGACCAUUGCCUGUUCGGUUAUCGGAGCCUCUACUGGUGGAAUGCUCGAUUGGCCGAUCAUGCCGUCGGCUGCCCAACACCUCGGAACUUUGUCUACUUCCUGCCAAUCAGCACCCCGGUGGUUUUUAAUCCGCGACGUCGUCGACAGCGUGUGCGCGAGCAGACGUGCUUUGCGGCGACACGCAUGCCAAAAAGAAUUUCACCUUGUUACUUUCACGGUCGAAGUUUGUCGACAUGCACGCUAGUCAGGUGAAACUCGCACGAAAGCUGCCCUUUUUGAAAGGAGAAAAAAAAAUUAUAUAUAUAUGCGCGGUUUUAUUUUGACGAGCCGACGUGAAGAUUGUUGCACCGUUUUUUCCUUUUUUUUCCCAAAAUGCUUGUUUGUAGGAACUAAUGUGUGUAAAUAAACACUGACGUUAGCGAGA